AGAUCAGGACAGGAAGGGCCAGGUUUAGGGAAACAGGAAACCUGAUGCAAGGAAAUGGACUACGUCACCAGCCAGCCCACCACAGUCUGUGCUGAAAGUAAAAUCCAGUCCCAACACCAUUAUGGAGUCUUUACGCAAGUCACCAAUGAAACUUCUACUUUUGACAGCAUGGCUCUCAAGUCUGAUGGACCCAAGCAGCCUUUCUGACAUAUGCAAUUCUUGUCACGAAUUUGCGACAUGUAAGGCCCUGAAUGGAUCAAAUGCCUGCUUCUGUAAGCAAGGAUAUACCGGAGAUGGAACAACUUUUUGCAGUGAUGACGACGAGUGCAACAAUGUGACUAAUAUCUGCGGGGACAGGGGGAUUUGUAACAACACAGAGGGCAGCUACAACUGCACAUGUAAAUCUGGAUACACAUCAACGGGACGAGACCAGUUCCAGACCAACGAUGGCACUGAAUGCAUCGAUAUUGAUGAAUGCAAGUCAGAACAGAAGAAGUGUGGACCGUACUCACACUGCCAUAAUACGAAUGGGUCUUUCUAUUGCACGUGUCAGCGUGAUUACAUCCCAACGUCAGGCGUUAAGCACUUUCAUCCAACUGAAAGUGUAACAUGUAAAGAGCAUCCCCAAAAAUACUGCCAUGACAACAUUGGAUGCAUGACACAGACUGUCAACAAAACACUCGAAUAUAUGAGCAACCUCACAGAGCCCCAUAGCCUACUGAAAGAAAUUGCCAACCAGACGUCUGGCGAACUUACCUCAGUGGAAGUGAUCGCAUAUGUUGAAGUCCUGAGUCAAUCCGUAUCAACACUGGCUGCUGGAGAGAAGGAUUACGCUGUCAAACCAUCUGCCAUCAACUCAACCCUUUCAAAACUAGUGAAAGCGGUAAACAACCUGGUGGAGAAAGACGAACUGGUGGCUUGGAGCAGAAUGAAAGAAGAGCGACGUGAACAUACCAUCACCAAACUGCUGCACGCUGUUGAAGAAAGUGCUCUGUCUUUGGCCAAGAGCUACAAAACCCCUACUGAGCUCAGAAUCAGAGCUACCGAGAUGGAAUUAAAACUGUUCACGUUUGAUGCUCGUCACACAAAAGCCAAUCUGUCUGCUACCAUGGGAGGAGAUUAUAUAAAUCUAACACCGAAACCAAGACCAGAGGAGGACAGAAACGGAAGUGUGUCAGUGGUGUUUGUGCGAUAUGACAGCAUCAGUGACAUCCUGAAGCCGAGCAGUGACCCAGGUGUCACUGACUACUCACGGUAUGCAGGAACAGGGGAAAUCACUGUCAACUCCCAAGUCAUAGCAGCAGCCAUCAAACCUGCUGACGUUUACCAACUUGACCAUGUCACCUUCACUCUGAGACACACUGAGCCCAUAGAUACUAAAGCUGAUGUGACGAAGUGUGCCUUCUGGGAGUACGAGGCGGACAGCCUGCAGGGCCACUGGGCCACUCACGGCUGCAAGGCGCUUCACGUCAGCAGCAAUGCAACCACCUGCUCCUGCAAUCACCUCACACACUUUGCCAUCCUCAUGUCCUCUGGGCGCGCCAAUCUGGUGGCCCACUAUACCAUCCUGACCCGCAUCACCCAGCUGGGGAUGAUCAUCUCCCUCAUCUGUUUGUCCAUGUGCAUCUUUACCUUCUGGUUCUUCAGUGAGAUCCAGAGCACCAGAACCACCAUCCACAAGAACCUGUGCUGCAGCCUCUUCAUGGCCGAGUUUAUUUUCCUGGUGGGGAUCAACAUGAACACACAUAAGCUUUUCUGCUCUGUGAUUGCAGGACUGCUGCACUAUUUCUUCCUUGCGGCCUUUGCCUGGAUGUGCAUCGAAGGCAUCCAUCUGUACCUAAUAGUGGUUGGCGUCAUCUACAACAAAGGCUUUCUUCACCGUAACUUUUAUAUUUUCGGCUAUGGGAGCCCAGCAGUGGUGGUGGCCAUCUCAGCAACACUGGGCUCUAAGUACUAUGGCACAGAUAAAGUGUGUUGGCUGAGCACAGAAAACCACUUCAUAUGGAGCUUCAUUGGACCUGCAUGUCUCAUCAUCCUGGUUAAUCUCUUGGCUUUUGGAGUAAUCAUCUACAAGGUGUACCGGCAUACUGCUGUGAAAAAGCCUGAAAUCAGCCACUAUGAAAACAUCAGGUCCUGUGCCCGUGGUGCCUUGGCUCUGCUGUUUGUGCUCGGUGCCACCUGGACCUUGGGAGUGCUUCACAUUCUCAAUGAGACGACACUCACUGCCUAUUUGUUCACCAUCACCAAUGCUUUCCAAGGCAUGUUCAUCUUCAUCUUCCUCUGUGUGCUGUCCCGAAAGAUCCAAGAGGAGUACUACAGGCUUUUCAAAAACGUGCCAUGCUGUUUUGAAUGCCUAAGAUGAAUUAAUGCAGUCAAAGCCUGACCAUCUGCACUCAUACAAUAAUAGUCGACAGUACAGCUCUUCAAUAUCCUGUGACUCAUGCUUUUGUUUUUUGGGAAAAUGCAGUAGGAGGAAUUGUUUGGUCGUACACAUGUCUAAUAAAUGAGAACACGUAGCACUUGUAGUUUCUAACUGCCUUGUUUUCCUUUAAAAACACUAGAAUCAUCUGUAUUGUUUUUUUGUUUUUUUAAAAAAUACAUACAUAUAUCAACAUUCUUCUGAGUAAUAACAUGAAUUAAAAAUUUUUGUCUAUUUUCUGUUUAAUUUAAUACAUUGGCAGUUAUUAGCAUUGCACUCCACAUAGCCUGCACAGUCUCUGUCUUUGUUCCUUCCUGGUGUUUGAAAUUGAUUUGUAAAUUAUUAAAAUGAAUGUGGCAAACCGACAAA